UAGUCAUAAAAGAAAAAAGAAUCCGAUAAACAGAACAAAUAGAUUUACACAUCAGGGUAAAAAGCUGCCUAUCUGGGAAGACGCAAUAUAUUAUUCUAUGAGAGUCAAGAAUCAUUAAAAGCUUUUCGGGAGUAGCAUUUAGGUCUAGAUCCACUUACGGCACAUGAUGGCCUCGACAGCCUCAUGUGAAGAAACACAGAAAAUGGAAGAAGAUGCUGACAAAGAGGGAGAUUCUGUCAACCACUCUGAUACCAAUAGUAAGGAUGAUGCUGCUGGUUAUCAGUCUCUCAAAUCAGACAACUGUGUGGAGUCAUUAAUCAACAAGGUACUUGAUACUGAACGUUCUUUGAUGCUUUGUCUCAAAGGAGAUGAAGCCCAAGUAGAUAAGCAGGGAGAGAGUGUUGAGAGCAAUAAACACUUUAGCAGUGGAGACACUCCAUUAGCUGAGACUUUGGUGGGAGCUCAUUCUGAGGUGGAAGUCUGUGCUGAACGAGACAUGGACACUUCAGAGCCCAGUAAGGAAGAUGAGUCAAUUUAUAAACACACUCAAAUCUCGCCAGAAAGUGAUGAACUUUUUCGGCUGGACACAGAAAUCGAAAUGGCCCAGCCUGUCAAUUUAAAAUCAAGAGCAAUAUUUAUAGAUACUGUGACAAAAUCUGGUGGCAAUACCAGUUUGUUUGGCAGUAAACGCAACACAACUGAUGAUGACAGUUCUCCACAGCCGAAACGGCCAACGCCAGAGCGGGUAGAGAACGAGACAACAGAAAAUACUGAAGUAGCUCAGCCUGAGCCCCCAUCAGAAGACCUACCAGAUCUAACUUCAGACAGUGAUGAUGAUUCUGAUGACAGCAACAUUGGUGCAUCCAGUCGACAAAGGCUUUUCAGGAGGCGAAAUUUACUCCGCAAACGCCUUGGCCGACAGAAUUUCAGUUCAGAUGAUUCUGAUUCAACUGUGGAUGAUGACAAUGAAACUAAUGCAGAUAAAAACACUGAUGACGAUGAGGAUAGGACAGAAAGUGAUGAAGUGAGGAUAGCCCUUGAAUCAUUGUUUUCUAAAACAAACCCAAAGCCUAACUGGUUUGCUGUGCCUGAAUUAAGGAAGAGAGAAUAUGGUUACAACCCAAGCUGUUUUAUGGAAAAAGUUCAAGGAAGCUUAUCGAUGGUGAAACGUUUAGUCAGAGUGGAGAGUAUGAAAGCACAUGAAGGGUGUGUGAAUGCUCUGAGCUUCAACAGAAUAGGCACUUUACUUGCUAGUGGCUCAGAUGAUCUCAACAUUGUCUUGUGGAACUGGCAGAGAGCCAGGCCAUCACUGAUCUAUGAUAGUGGCCAUCGGAGUAAUGUCUUUCAGGCUAAAUUUAUGCCAUACAGUGGUGACUGCCAUGUGAUCAGUUGUGCAAGAGAUGGUCAGGUGCGAUUGGCUGAGCUCUCUUUAACAGGGGUUUGCAAAACAACUCGCAAGCUAGCCCAGCAUAGAGGCGCUGUACAUAAGCUGGCUCUCGAGUUAGACUCACCAAAUGUCUUUCUAAGUUGUGGUGAAGAUGCGCUAACAUAUUUGUUUGACCUCAGGCAGGAAAAACCACAUAAGUUAGUGAUAACCAAAGAAAAUGAAAAGAAAGUCCCAUUGUAUUCUAUCCACUCUAAUCCCUGUGACCCUCGUCAGUUCUGUGUUGGUGGCAGAGAUCUUUAUGUCAGAGUUUAUGACAAGAGAAAAAUCAACGAGGAAAUUGAUGGCGGUGUGCUGAAGAAGUUUUGUCCAGAUCAUCUGGUAAACAGUGAGAUCAAAGCAAACAUCACCUGUGCUUGUUACAACUACAAUGGAACAGAAAUUCUGGCCACCUACAAUGAUGAGGACAUUUACUUGUUUGAUAACACAAUGUCUGAUGGUGCAAACUAUACACACAGAUACAUUGGACACAGGAAUAAUGCUACAGCCAAGAAUGUCAACUUUUAUGGUCCCAGGUCAGAGUUCAUUGUGAGUGGUAGCGAUUGUGGCUAUAUUUAUUUCUGGGACAAAGAGACUGAAGCUAUCAUUAACUUCCAGGAAGGAGAUAAUGCUGGAGUGGUGAAUGUCCUAGAACCUCAUCCAACUCUUCCUUUCCUGGCCACCAGUGGACUGGAUCAUGAUGUCAAGUUAUGGAUGCCCUAUGAACCAGACCCAGAACUGUGUAUAGAUGAACUUAAAAAGAUUGUGAAGAAAAACUUCUCAGAUAGGUGCCAAGAGAGAAAAUAUUCUGAGCCUGAAAUGAUUGGAGGUCAAAUGCUCUGGUUUAUCAUGCACCAUUUUAGGAAUUCAGCUCGAAGAAGGAUGAGAGAAGAAGGUCAAGUAUUGUCCAGUUCUGAUGAAGACAACAGUAGCAGGUCAGAUGACUCUGACACAAACUCAAUGCAGUGUGCCCAGUCAUAGGCUUAAGCAGUCUUCAGUGGGACAUUGAUAAUAAGACAGGGUCCUCUAACAAGGGAGAUUAAUGACAUGAAAUGAUCUUCAUUGUUCUUGAGCUUCAAAUUUGCCCCUUUGUCAAGAAGGCAUGUGGAUUUUGAACAGCUCUGCAAGCUGGUUGUGUGGGAUGCAAUGUACAAAGUCCUGAUCUGAUCCUGUAGAUAACAAUAGUACUAUGUAUAUGACAAUGUGUUUUGUUUUUUCUUCUCUUUGUUUUACUUGAUCAUGUAUGGCUGUUUGUUUUAAAUGCAAACUAAAACUUUGGACUUUGUACAAAUAUAAUUUGUAGAAAUAAAACAAAAUGUAUAAAAAAAAAAAGAUAUUUUUUGAAGCAAUGUUGUUUUCUUCAAAGUGUGCCUGAUCUUUUCUAUGUAGAGUUUAUACCGGUUUAUUACAGUUACUAUUUGGAGUUUUCACAUUUUUGGGGGGAUUCACCUGCAUGUAUUUUGUUGUCAAUGCAUUACUUAGACUAGCUUGAAUCGCUUCAAAUGGGUAAAGUUUGAUAUAGAUUGUGGUCUGGCCUAAUGGUUUUGGGAAGUCACCUGUAUUUCUUGGUAAUGUUAACUAGUCUUGUUUGAACUAAACUAUUAUGAUAACUGAUAGCAAGCUGGACUAAUGUGUUAUCAGGAAGUUACCUUUACCUCUUUGCUACAUGUUAACUAGUCUUGCUUGAAUUCAUUGUUUAUAACAGUUUGAAAGACUGAUAUAAUGUUUUUGGGAAGUCACUUGUAUUUCUUGGCUACACUUGCUGAAUAUAUAGGAUGACAGUUUGAUAGCAAAGUGAACUGGUAUAAUGUUUUUGGGAAGUCACUUGUAUUUUGUAUUUCUUGGCUACAAAUUCACUUGUUGAAUAUAUAGGAUGACAGUUUGAUAGCAAAGUGAACUGAUGUAAUGUUUUUGGGAAGUCACGUGUAUUUUCUUGGCUACAAAUUCACUUGUCUUGCUUGAGAAUGUAGGAUAACAGUUUGAUAGCCAUGUGGACUGGCUUGAUCUCAUCUUGAGCACUCUCUCUAUUUUAUUUAGAGCUAAAAUGUUUUUGAAACUGUUCAAGAAUGAAUGACUCUGGAUGUAUGUUUUACAUGCCAUUUUUUUUUUUAACUUGGGAAAAUUCAGAUCUAAAUUUUAAAUUAACUUUAAAAUUUGUUGGCAUUUAAGUCACUUUUGGUAUUUUUAUGACUAUUUUUUGUAAGCACGUGAAUGAAAUGUUCAGACAUUUAAUAAUGUACUGGUAUUGAGAAGUAAAAGAAACAAUGCAACCAACAUUUCAACCCAAACAUUAAUCCUGGAAAUGGACAGACACACUACACAAGUGUAUCUUGUGGGAAUACACACAAAAAAAAAUUGUUAAAAUAAAUGUAAAAAGCAUUGCUCUAAAAAUGUUGGCAGAACUGACAGUAUGCAAUUCUGUAAUAAGUGGGUUAGCAGUGUGUAUUGUAUAUAUGCAGAUAAGUACAUAUAUAUAUAUAUACAUGUAAAUUAUGUUUAAGUUAUUCAAAUGGAGCUUAUAAAAGCUGGAUUAGCUUUUUGAUGAGAUAUUUGCGAUUGUGAAAAAACCAAUAACACUGCAGUGAAUUCCAAGCAAAUAUUUGUCAGUUUUGCAAGAUUAUUUACUAAAAUAUUAUUUAAAUAAAUAGAAGAAAAAAAAACAACAGUUGUAGUCUUAUUUUCUAAAUCAUGUUAAUCAAAAAGUUUAAUAUAUAAAUUUAUCCAUUGCCAUAUGAAGGGCAUAGUUGUUAGACUAUUAAAGAUUACUCAAUUUUUUUUGUAUUUAUUUAUUUAUUUUUUUAUUAACUUGUACCCUCAUAUUAUUUUGAUUACUUCCCCUGCAUCACAGUAAAAACGCUUGUAGGAUGGUUGCCUGCAAAUUAAUGACACUAGAAAAUGAAAACUUUAAUAAUUUAAUCUAAGGGGGAACCACUAAAAAACACACACAUCCAGUGUUUGAUUUAAUGUAACAAAUAUUAAAUACUAACAUUACUGAGUAAUAAUAUGUAUAAUAUAUGAUGGAACACAUAUAUAAAUAAUAUUUUUGAAAUUUCUAAAACUACUGGUAGGCUUUUUGCAGCCUAGCUUGCUAUUGGUGAUAGUAAAAAAAAAAAAGUAAAGUACCCCCUUUCAGUUCUUGCGAUCUAUAGGGCAGAUUAUGUAAAGGUCAUCUGUUUCUGUGGCCCACGGUUAACAAGGGGUGUCGUGUGUCCAACACAACUGCCUACCACCUUUACUUUGCCCACCUAAUGUCAGGUACUAUUUACAGCUGGGUGGAAUCAAAAGUGCCCAAAGAUCCCAAAAUUAAAAAUCCUGUCUUCAUCAGGAUUUGAACUCGGGACCCCUGGCUCAGAAGCCAAACGCUGUACCACUCAGCCACCCACUGCUGCUGAUGGUGAGAAGUAAUUAGUGUGUAAAGCUCCCAUUCACUAAAUUUUAUAGCAUAGUGAUACAAAUAUUAAUUGAGGUGAAAUAAAUUGGUUUUAGUCUUUCAUGAUAUGGGGUUGAUUUAUUUAUCUAGACAGCCCACAUCCCGAAUUCUGGAGGACCCUAGAGGACAGCUAACAUGAAGUAAUGAUUUGUUAAAAAUGAUUCAAUUAUAUAGAGCUAUUAUUGCACAGAGUUACAAUAUCAAUCUGUUUUGUAGAAAUUUGCAUAACAUAGUCUUCAUGUUUCUCUUUCUAGCUUUUCUUCUCAUGUGCCCCAUAAGCUUGUGGCCUUCCCCAAUUCUCAGUGCUUGGGCUGUUGUGAUAGUUGUGCUCUUUGAGUUCUAGUGUCUGUCUCUCUGAAUGGCGAAUUAAACUUGAUGUCAAUCUUAUCUUUGGGAUCUGCAUUUAGUCUGACCAGUUCAAAUUCCUGUAUGAAAGUAAUAUCCUAAUGCUGCAAUAUCUAUACAUUUAAAAUGUGAAGUUGAGUUGUGACAGCUCAAAGGAAAUUUUAAAAAGAGAUGUCACUGAUAAAAACAAAUGUAUGUAUAUAAUGUUCUUUGUUUUUUCUCUAACAUGGAAGCCCUACUUUAUAGCAUUUAUUUUAUAUCAAAAAAAUGUUUUUUUUAAUUUUCUUGUGUGACAGCUAAUUGUUGGCAAUAUCUACAGAACGAUAAUAAAUAAAUAAUAAACUAGA